AUGGUGACAAUUCAUGAAUCCAUUGUCUAUGGGGCACUUGGUGAAGUCCUGGGACACCUGCAUCGUGUCUCCGAACAUUUUAGAAACCACCAGCAACAAGACACCGCCAAUCUAAUUGCAAGACUGUGUGUUAACCUUGUCGAGGCGGUAGAGGGGGGUAUGGGCCAUAUCCUCGAAGAUCAGAGUAUCGUCGGAGUUGGGAGACCCAACGGUGGUGAAUUUAUUGUGGCUGGCUCGGAGAAUCCCGUCUCAGUUGGUAUUCAGCAGCAGGCGGCCAUGGCCGUGAGAGGCGAGGUUGGCAUGAGAGAGAGUGAGAGCAGAAUCCGAGCCGUAGGCAAGCUCCCAGCACCGCCUGGGCUUACUACGGCCAACUCAGAGAAUCCUAUCUCGGCUGGUAAUCAGCAGCAGGUGACCAUGGCCGUGAGAGGUGAGGCUGGAAUGGGGGAGAGUGAGACCAGAAUCUGUGCGAUGGGUAGACUCCCAGCACCGCCUGGGACUACCGCGGCUGGCUUUGAGAAUUCUCUCCCGGUUGGUAUUCAGCAGCAGGCGACCAUGGCCGUGGGACGUGGGGUUGACAUAAGGGAGAAUGAGAUCAGAAGUUGUGCGAUAGGCAAGCUCCCAGCACCUCCUGGGGCUACAAUCCAGCCCGGUGCUGGGAGCUGGGCCCAAAUCGCUAAUAGGUCGGAUACUGCCAGGCCUUCUCAGGAGGCAGCGCAGUUAAUGUCUUCCAGUGCAUCGAUUUCUGGUGGACAGGCGGUUGCAGCCCCUCCUGCUGCAUCGCCAGAGCCCGUAGAGGAGAAAGCAGGGGUUGUCCGUAUCUACGGAUCGGCCACAAAGGGCGAAUUCCGCCAUAUUACUUCUCGUAUCCACGAAGGACCUUUGCAAGAAGUCCGGGUGGAAAGUAACAACUCUGUCCGCGUUGUUUUCCAGCACGUUUCACAUGCGCUUGAGUUUGUGAAAUCUGAUGAAGAGAUGCAGGAACGUCUUGGUCAAGGACGCAUUGGAAAGGGGUAUACCGUGGAGAUGGCCGACAUCAUCAAUUGGAAUGAUGAUUUGCGUCGGAUGAAACAGCCUGUGAGGGAACGCCGGCGUCUUUCGUUUGCUAGGAAGGGUCUCUUGACCGGCGGCCUGACUGCAGCGAAGUGGAAGCAUGAGAUGGUCACGAUAGCCGGCAGUGGAAAUGUUGAUUUCCUGUGGGUUUUCAACUCCGGCAACGCCACCGCUGUCUUCUCGAGCACCAUUGUUGCUCGUAAGGUUUUAGAUACCGUAAAUAGAUGGAAGGAGCAUCGCCGUGAGUAUUCCGGCGUCUCGGUGGGCUAUUCCUCGGACACCUGCGAGAAAGAACUUGAUCUCCUGAGGGAGAAUAACCAACCUUGCUAUCGCAAGCAUGCACAGCCCAAACGGUUCAUGCCGCCGCCCCGCCGCCCCGACUACCGGCAGGGAUAG